CGCAAAUGGUUUGACUACUCGUAGGAUGGGACUUCAGCUGAGCGGCAGAUACGUCUCUCUGAUCCUCGCGGUGCAAAUAGCGUACCUGGUGCAGGCCGUGAGAGCCGCGGGCAAGUGCGAUGCCGUCUUCAAGGGCUUCUCCGACUGUUUGCUCAAGCUGGGCGACAGCGUGGCCAGCUACCCGCAAGGCCUGGACGACAAGACCAACAUCAACACCGUGUGCACGUACUGGGAGGAUUUCCACAGCUGCACCGUCACGGCGCUCACGGACUGCCAGGACGGCGCGAAGGACCUGUGGGACAAGCUGAGACGCGAAUCCAAAGACCUCAACAUCCCGGGCAGCCUGUUCCAGCUCUGCGGCGGCGGCAGCGCGGCGGCCGGGGCGCUGCUCCCCGCGCUCCCCCUGCUCCUCGCGGCGCUCGCGGCGGCGCUGGCCCCCUGGCUCUCCUUCUGA